AUGAGAUUCUCAUCUCUCUUUACGAGCGGGCUCGCAUCUUUCCCUCUGGUCGCUGGAUUUCCGACCGUCACGCCACCUACGGAACACUCUGUUCAACAAGUCAGAAACCCAGUUUAUAAACGCGAUGGCAUCGCAGCACUUCUUAAAAUACACCGAAAGUACCAUUUCGACCUUCCAGAUUAUCUCUCAACUUCCGCCCUUGCCCGUCGUGAUGGUACUGGGGCUGUCACGAACAGACCUAUCGACGACGAUGCAGAGUGGUUGACACCAGUUCAAAUCGGCAACCCCCCAAGGACAUUCCAGAUGGAUCUCGACACUGGAUCAUCAGAUCUCUGGGUUCACGGGUCACAAUCGGCUGCUGCAGGCGGUAGCCGCACUCGAUACAAUUCUACAGCAUCCAAAUCCUGUGAAGAGAUGAGUGACGCGAAGUGGUCGAUCGAGUACGGAGAUGGAAGUGGGGCAUCAGGACAUGUGGUGAAAGACACAGUUUCGAUCGGCGGUUUGUCAGUGCAAGCUCAAGCAGUACAGGUGGCAGAUAAGGUUCACGAUUCCUUCGCACAGCAACAAAACGUGGACGGCCUACUGGGACUGGGCUUCCGCUCCAUCAACACUGUCACGCCAAAGAAGCAAAAGACCUUCUUCGAGACUGCCAAAGACGACCAGGGCACUUCAGUAUUCACUGCCGACUUGCAACACGAUGCUCCAGGUACAUAUACGUUUGGCAUCAUCAACAAAACAGCAUAUACGGGUGACAUUGUUUACACAGAUGUAGACCCAUCCAACGGCAUGUGGACUUUCACAUCAGAGGGGUUUACCAUAGGCGAUGGUAAACUAAACAAGAGAUCUAUCUCAGCGAUUGCUGAUACCGGAACAUCACUCAUUUGGCUACCCGACGACAUCAACGAGGCCUAUUAUUCUCAGGUGGAAGGGGCCAAGUUGGAUAAGACAGCAGGUGGUUAUGUGUUUCCCUGUGAUGCAAAACUUCCUGAUUUUACACUCGUUAUCGGCGGCUCAAACACAGGGGUUACAGUACCUGGUGCCUACAUGAAUUUUGCUCCUCUCGAAGGGCCCAAGCCGGUUGGGUCGGGACAGAAAGAUAAGAGAAGUGACAAAAGUUCCGAGUCAGGUACAUGUUUUGGAGGACUACAGUCAAGUUCUGGCUCAGGACUAAACAUCAUUGGUGAUGUUGCACUAAAAGCUGCUUUUGUGGUUUUCGAUGCAGACAAGAGACAGAUAGGGUUUGCUAAAAAGACACUACGUGGAGACAAAUAG